CUCUCUUACUCUCGCUCGCAGUCUCACCGUCUUUCUCUCUCUCCCGCUCUCUCGUAUGUCCAACCGUGCAAGUCACCAUGGAUCCAAAAGCAUUAACACGGCAUCUUCGCCGCGUAGAACCUCUCUCCGCCAUUGUCGUCGUCCUCCUCCUCCUCUUGGUUCUCGUUCUCGCUGCUCUUCUCCUCUUCCUCUUCUCUCCCAACUCCAUUACCUCCAUUCACAUUACUUCCGUGGAGGAGAGGGAGAAGCCCAUCGCCAUUUGGAAAGCUCCCAGACAGGUAGAGUGGAGGCCCUGCGAGUGGUGGUGCAACAACGAAGCUUCGUCCCGAUUAUUUAUGCAAUUCCUCCCUUGCUGCAGCUCUCCCAAUAAAGAACAAUGGCUACAUCAGAAUCGACUGUUAUGGCGGCCUCAAUCAGAUGAAACAUGAUGUAUGUACAUCACUGUAGGGAGCUAGCGUUUUCCAUGUUAGACAUAAGUUUACUCAUUUCAUCUAAACGUUUACUGGGGAAACCUUAGAAUCUCUCUAUUGUGGCUCGAUUCAACUUUAUAAUCCAGUUUUUGGUCACAUUGUUAUAGAUGUCUCAGUUGUCCUGCAGGACUAGCUAUUAAACACCACUAAAAUUGAGCAACUUUCAAUUAUGUGGCUUGAUAAAAAUCUUGUAAUCUAGGUUAUGAUU